CCACGACCUUGGCCAUAUCAGCCUGGAGCAUUUGGAACUCUUGUGCAACUGUUUGCACCUUUUCUUGAAGAGACAUGAUGGCGAGGAAUGAAGAUCCAAAAAAAGGAAGCCGUUAUCUUAUCUUGACCAAAUCGCAGAAAUAAUCCUCGCACCGGUACGACCAUGGGAUUUCAUCAGUAUUACCCGCCGGCACAGCGGAAUAUGAAGGCCUUCCGUCUUCACUUCUGUCUCUUAUUCCACGAUGUCCUUCCCUGUAAAAAUUGACUGGUCCAAGGUUGCAAAGCCCACUACUGUGUUGGCUCGUUUUCCAAGUCGCCGUUCUGUCGUAUACGGCACGAAAGGCAUAGUAUCUUCUUCUCAACCUUUAGCUACUGAGGCUGGGUUGGAGAUCUUGAGGAAAGGCGGAAAUGCCGCGGACGCGGCCGUCGCGACCUCAGCUGCCUUGAAUGUGACUGAACCCAGCUGCUGUGGAAUCGGAGGAGAUGCGUUCUGCUUGUUUUAUGAUGCAAAAACCAAGCAGGUAAAAGCUUUGAACGGAUCUGGCCGGUCCCCUCAGAAACUCACACUCGAGUAUGUACAACAACGAGGGCUAACCGGGUGGAUACCGGCCUCUGAUAUCAACUCUGUAACCGUUCCCGGUGCUGCCGCCGCAUGGGUCGAUACCGUAGAGACCUUUGGGAGUGGAAAGCUUACCGUGGCAGACGUACUGGAACCCGCCAUUAGACUAGCAGAGGAAGGUGUCCCUGUUUCAGAGAUCCACAGCUAUAGCUGGCAGAGAUCUGAGAACCUCAUCAAGAAUGCGUCUCCCAAUGGUGAUGAGAUGCUUUUGAAUGGAAAGGCACCACUUCCAGGCCAAAUAGUCACUCUCCCUAAUCUUGCCAAAACGUUUCGCGAAGUUGCUGCCCGUGGAAAAGAUGGUUUUUAUAAAGGCAGAAUCGCUUCGGCCAUUGUGGAGUUGAUCCAAAGCCGAGGAGGGUUGAUGGAGCUUGAUGAUCUCUCCAAACACGAAACUUCUUUUGUUGAGCCUUUGAAGUACACUUAUGCUAACGAAAUGUCGGUCUACGAGUGCCCACCUAAUGGACAAGGAUUAACCGCUCUAAUUGCCCUCGGUAUCCUUGAGAGCCUGCAAGAGCAAGGCAUUAUCAAACCUUUGUCGGAGAUGGAACAUAAUUCUCCAGAGUACCUGCACGUACUCGUUGAGGCCUUGCGACUCGCUUUUUCAGACAGUCAAUGGUAUGUAACUGAUCCAGAUACACGACACAUCCCUACGAAAGAACUACUGAGCAAAGACUAUCUCACGUCAAGAGCUAAGCUCAUCGACCCCACGAAGACUAACCCGAAGGUGGUGCAUGGUAACCCAUUUGCAUCUUCGGAUACGGUUUACUUCUCUGUUACCGAUCAAUGGGGAAACGCAUGCAGCUUUAUCCAAAGCAACUAUGCUGGAUUCGGGACAGGAGCUGUUCCCAAAGGCUGUGGUUUCACGCUACAGAAUAGAGGAAGUGGCUUCUUGCUGGAGAAGAAUCACCCCAAUGCCUUGCAGGGCGGAAAACGACCGUAUCACACCAUUAUACCAUGUAUGGUUACCAAGGGCGACGAACUGUUCCUGAGCUUCGGUGUCAUGGGUGGUUUCAUGCAGCCCCAAGGCCACGUUCAGGUACUCUUGAACAUACUACGCGGGUAUACCCCUCAGGAAGCACUGGACGCUCCCCGUUUCUGUAUAUCAGCUGGCAGUCCAGACACCCAGACUCGAGAAACGGGAAAUGCGGGAGACAUCAACGGCGAGGUUUACUUCGAGGAAGGUAUCCCGCCUGAGACAAUCGCAGCGUUGAUAGCUAUGGGACAUGACGCACGACACGUUACUGGAUUCAGAAGAGCAAUGUUGGGUCGAGGUCAGAUCAUACAGAAGCUUGAGGAUCCCUCUGGUAGGCUGGUAUGGGCGGCAGGUUCCGAUCCUCGAGCCGACGGUCACGCUGCAGCACAAAUAUGAGAUGUAUAUGCAUGAGUAUGUAAAGCACAAAAUCCACAACUACGUCCGAA